AUGGCUGUUGGAAAGAACAAGCGUCUGUCGAAGGGCAAGAAGGGCCUUAAGAAGAGAACCGUGGACCCUUUCACACGAAAGGACGAGUACCUCGUGAAGGCCCCUACCACUUUCCAAGUCCGAGAUGUUGGUAAAACCCUCGUCAACCGAACCACCGGUCUCAAGAACGCAAACGACUACUUGAAGGGCCGUGUCUUCGAGGUCUCUCUCGCCGAUCUCCAGAAGGAUGAAGCCCACUCCUUCCGCAAGGUCAAGCUACGUGUCGAUGAAGUCCAGGGAAAGAACUGCUUGACCAACUUCCAUGGAUUGGACUUCACAUCUGACAAGCUCCGAUCUCUUGUCCGCAAAUGGCAAACCCUCAUCGAGGCCAACGUCACCGUCAAGACCACCGAUGACUACCUCGUCCGUCUUUUCGCCAUUGCCUUCACCAAGCGACGACCAAACCAGAUCAAGAAGACCACCUAUGCCCAGAGCUCUCAGAUCCGUGCCAUUCGUAAGAAGAUGACCGAGAUUAUGCAGCGCCAGGCAUCCAGCUGCACUCUUACCCAGCUUACCAAGCUCGUCCCCGAGGUUAUUGGUCGCGAAAUCGAGAAGUCCACUCAGGGCAUCUACCCUCUCCAGAACGUUCACAUCCGUAAGGUUAAGCUCCUCAAGUCACCCAAGUUCGAUUUGGGUGCUCUUUUGGCUCUCCAUGGCGAGUCUAGCACUGAUGACAAGGGACAGAAGGUCGAACGAGAAUUCAAGGAGAAGGUUUUGGACAGCGUCUAA